AUGACGGGGCCCCGGUUCCUGGAGUCCCGGGCUAGGCACAUCCGGGAGACCUGGGCUAGGCGCUGCCCCGCGGUGCUAUACAUGAGCUCCCAGAGCAGCGACUUCCCCACGGUGGGGCUAAACGUGAGCGAGGGGCGCGAGAACCUGUACUGGAAAACCAUCCGGGCCUUCCAGCACAUCCACCAGCACCACCUGCUCCAGUUCGACUGGUACGACCCCGAGGAGGGCAGGAGGUACGACCCCGAGCAGCCGCUCUACCUGGGCAGAAGGUUCCGGCCCUUCGUAGCCCAGGGCUACAUGAGCGGGGGGGCGGGCUACGUUCUGAGUCGGGAGGCCCUGCGGCGGUUCGUUGAGGGUUUCCGGUCGGGUACGACCCCGAGCAGCCGCUCUACCUGGGUUAAGGUACGACCCCGAGCAGCCGCUCUACCUGGGUACGACCCUGAGCAGCCGCUCUACCUGGGCAGAAGGUUCCGGCCCUUCGUAGCCCAGGGCUACAUGAGCGGGGGGGCGGGCUACGUUCUGAGCCGGGAGGCCCUGCGGCGGUUCGUGGAGGGUUUCCGGUACGACCCCGAGCAGCCGCUCUACCUGGGGCACCACCUGCUCCAGUUCGACUGGUUCCUCAAGGCCGACGACGACACAUUCGUGGUCGUGGAGAACCUGAGCUUCCUCCUGUCCAGGGCACCACCUGCUCCAGUUCGACUGGUUCCUCAAGGCCGACGACGACACCUUCGUGGUCGUGGAGAACCUGAGCUUCCUCCUGUCCAGGUAAUGUCUGGGUUAGGGUUAGGGUUAGGGUUAGGGUUAGGGUUAGGGUUAGGGUCAGGGUUAGGUUUAGGGUCAUGGUUAGGGUUAUGGUUAGGGCACCACCUGCUCCAGUUCGACUGGUUCCUCAAGGCCGACGACGACACAUUCGUGGUCGUGGAGAACCUGAGCUUCCUCCUGUCCAGUUCAGUUUUUGAGUCUGAGUCUGAGGAAAAAGCGUCUCAUGAAGCUGCUGCUGCCGUUGAUGCUAAUGCUGGCCGCCGCCGCCCAGGGGGAAACAAACCCCGGGGGGGGGGGGACCCCUGGACCGGGGGGGACCCGGACCACUGGACCAGCUCCAGCCAGGUACAGGUAUAA